AUGAAACAACACGGUUGUAGAAAGCGUGGGUUAGAUGUGUUUGGCUUGUGCAUGAAACUCAUGGUCAUAUACUUCAUGCUCCAAAGAAAACCAUGUGGAACAUACCGUUGGAAUCGUCAAAAAACCGCUGACGAACAAGUUGCUGAAGAAUUGCGUACUACAUCCGUGCUCCCACUGAGACUGAACCCACUGAAACCAUCCCUACAAGAAUCGCAACCACUGAAUCCACCACACGCACAACAACGCGUCGAACCACUGCCGGGACUAGCGCCUGGACUAGACGCCGGGACUAGCGCCGGGACUGACGCCGGGAUUAGCGCCGGGCCUAGCGCCGGGACUAGCGCCUGGACUAGCGCCGGGACUGGCGCCGGGUCUGGCGCCGGGACUAGCGCCGGGCCUAGGGCCGGGACUAGCGCACCGGAUGAAUGUAGGAAAGCACUUUCCACAGUCAGCGAGAUCAGAAUUUACCUCGAGAUUGCCAUUAACUCGCAAACCGAAUACAAGUUCAUGAAUGAGAAAGAUAUGCAAAUAUUAUCUGUCCUCAAGGAUUUCAAUGUCAGCAAAGUGUUGACUUACAAGAUCAUCACUCUCAUAGCGCCAGGUGUUUGUGAGGAAGUGGAAAUUUGCAAUGGCCCCCUAGUCUGCAGCACGGAGUACUGCGUUGUGAAGCAACCGAAACGGGUGACAUGUCCUGCGAUUCAUCCUUCAUGCCCCUUGGUGCGCUAGAUAUUCGCACAUCAUUCACCGCCUUGCACAAUUAUGUGGCGGAAAUAGAAAUGAUUAUUAUAGACACG